UGAUAACAGAUUUCCGCGCGAAUACACGGACGCCAAAAAACCGCAGCAGCUAAAUAGGGAAAUAAUUUUGAAUCGGCCAACCAGGUCUGGGGUGCAAAACUCAAGGUACAGUGAGCGAGCUAGGUCUUUAGACUCUUGAUGGCUUAGAAAUUGAAGUUAAUUAAUGGCGGCUUGUGCGAAUUGCUCUCUUCGGGCAUUGCGAGGGGAAGAAACAACGAUGUGAAAGAGCUCUUGUGGCCGUCCAAAAGUUGAAUCUGUGAAGAUCGAGCUGCGAUUUUUACAUUGAUUGGUUUUUAUGGAUUCUUUGUUGGGAUUUGUGCGUGCGCCUGCUUUGGCUUUCCCGCGCCACUCACUAAUCUGCGCUCCGAAGGCGAAGAUGAAUGUACGCUUGAGAGCGCAAUUCAAUACGGAAGACGACACCUUCCUCCGAGCCGCCAUUAACUGUGCCGCUCUUCGCUUUCAGGAGACACAUCGACCAGUGCCUCUUUUAGUGGAUCCAUAUGCAGGUUGCUUGGUUCCUCCUGACAUUCAAAUGGAUUUGAAGAAGUACUCUCACCAUUAUUGCAUAUCGACGAAGUUCAUAGAUGAUAAGUUGCUCCGUGCAGUGAAUCAUAUAGAUGGACUCAAGCAGGUUGUUCUGUUCACCGAUGGCAUGGAUACUCGGCCAUAUAGGCUCAACUGGCCACCUUCAACCAUAAUAUUUGAUAUAUCUCCAGAAAGAGUAUUUAAACUUUCAGCGGAAAAGCUUCAAGGUGUUGGGGCCAAGAUUCCAAGAAAUUGCUUAUUUUUUCACAUUCCACUGGAAUCCCCUGAUUUACUACACAGUCUGCAUGCCAAAGGAUUUAAUGGUAACCGGCCAAGUAUAUGGGCCAUCCAAGGACUACCUGUUAUGACUCUGGCAAGUUUUGAGGAGAUUUUAUGUAUUGUUAGUAGUUUGGCCAUGCAUGGAUGCUCUUUCUUGGGAGAACUGCCAGCGUGGUUGGCGGAAACUGAACUUAUGAUCAAGUCCACUACAAAGCAAUGGAUUGACAAACUUUUUAUGAGUGAUGGUUUCCGGGUAGAUAUGAUCAACUACAAUGAAGUUGCAAGGAAUCUAGGCAAUGAAUUGGCACCAGGAGAGUGUAAGGAUAUAUUAUUUGUUGCCGAGCAGUUGCGAUAUUCAGAUGAUCAGAUGGAGACUUGGAGGAGAGAAUUGCAGAGGGUAGAGGAAGAAGGGGAUGAAGAAGGUUUUGAGGAGCUUUAACUGUAAAUACAAAGAUGGGAUAUUUAUCUUGGUCCUUGGAAGCUGCCUACUUCUUUAGUACUGCCUCUCGACUUAUUUUUGCACUUUGCUUAUAUGUAAAUGUAUAUGUAAUAAAUCAUGUGGAGAAGGCCCUGCCAUAUUUUCCCACAUGGAAAGAACAACUCACCUAUGCAUUUUUUUCAUCUUACAUUCAUAAUAUACUUUUCAAUGAAUGCCUA